AGAGCGCUACGUGUUGUUCUGUGUAGAGCGUUUCGAAAACAGCAUAAGACAGCACCUUGGAUCGCCCCAAUUCCAAACCCCAAUUUCCCCAAUUCCAAACCCCAAUUUCGACAACUCAAAAUCAUUUUUGUCGUUUCGUAUCUGCAAUCUCUAUCCAUUUAAUUCCUUAUCCGCCAAAGAUCAAAAUUUUCCUAAAACACCACUCGUUAUCAAUCGUUUUCUGGCAUUGUCGUCAUGUUUCUGUUCGAUUCUGAUGGCCGUUUCGACUAAUCUUGUCAUCUUUUGACAUCCCGAAUGUUUCUGAUUCGAUUUUCUUCGCUGGCGAUGACGAAUACCGUCGGAAUUGGGUAUGAGAAAAUUUCUCGGUUUUUCGCUGGGUGGUGGUGAUUUUCCACUUCCGAUUGCAUGGGAGAUCUUCAAGUUUGUUCUCCACAGCCAGACGGCGGCGUCUUAAACGAAGAGGGUCCGUACCUCUCCUCCUCCUCCUCCUCGUCGUUGUCGUCAUCGUCGUCUUCGUCCUCCUCCUCCUCAUGCAAUCCAGACCCAUUGUCAAUUAGUGAAGAAAGCUGGAUAAAAGCCGAGCAGAAGACCCAUGAGAUUCUUUGCCGGAUUCAGCCCACUGUGGUCUCUGAGCAGAGGAGGAAGGAAGUAAUCGAUUAUGUACAGAGACUGAUUAGAAAUUACCUUGGAAGCGAGGUCUUCCCAUUUGGUUCUGUGCCAUUGAAGACCUAUCUUCCUGAUGGAGAUAUUGAUUUGACUGCCUUUACCAUUCAAAAUGCUGAAGGUGCUUUGGCAAAUGAUGUUCGUGGUGUUCUUGAAGGAGAAGAGCAGAAUGAGGCUGCUGAGUUUGAAGUAAAGGAUGUUCAAUACAUUCACGCAGAGGUUAAACUUGUCAAAUGCAUGGUACAGAAUAUUGUAGUAGACAUCUCUUUCAAUCAAGUAGGAGGACUCUGUACUUUAUGCUUUCUUGAGCAGAUUGAUCAUCUCAUUGGCAAUGACCAUCUCUUCAAACGCAGUAUUAUACUGAUUAAAGCUUGGUGCUAUUAUGAGAGCCGCAUUCUUGGUGCUCAUCAUGGUCUAAUUUCUACAUAUGCUCUUGAAACAUUGGUCUUGUAUAUCUUCCAUUUAUUUCAUUCGUCCUUAAAUGGGCCCCUAGCGGUUCUUUACAGAUUUUUGGACUACUUCAGCAAGUUUGAUUGGGAUAACUACUGUAUCAGUUUAAAUGGUCCAGUCUGCAUAUCUUCCCUGCCUGAAAUAGUGGCUGAGACACCUAAUAAUGGUGGGGCUGACUUGUUGGUUAGUAAAGAAAUUUUAAAGAGAUGUGUGGACUCGUAUUCAGUGCCACCAAGAGGGUUUGAGACCAACUCACGGACAUUUCCCCAGAAGCAUCUUAACAUCAUUGAUCCAUUGAAAGAAAAUAACAACCUUGGACGUAGUGUCAGCAAAGGCAAUUUCUAUCGUAUACGUAGUGCUUUCACAUAUGGGGCCCGAAAGCUUGGUCGGGUCCUUCUGCUACCAGGGGAAAGUAUAGAGGGUGAACUCAACAAGUUUUUCAUGAACACCUUGGAUAGGCCUGGAAGUGGACAGAGGCCAGAUGUACAGGACUCUAUUCCGACUUUUGAUGCUAAUGGGCCCGGUCCUACAUGCUCGCAGUUAUCUAAUGAGAAAGGCAGGGAAGAUAUUACAAUUCCGGAAUCACCAUCUGUUAGUUCCAAUGGGUCAGUGGGGGAAUCAAGCAUUGAAAAUCUGGGAACUGUUUGUGAGGGAAUCACUAACAUCAAGAUAUCAGAGACGGAGACAAAUCCUGGAAUGCGAAUUGCAACUGAGCCACAAAGAUACCCAAUCAAAGUGACUCCCUCUCCAGUGGCAUUGGACUCUGAUAAUUUUGCAUCUGGAAAUACUGUUUCAGGAUAUCGUCUUGCUGGAGAUGCAAAAGGUCUUGCUACCUCCAGAAUUCUAGGUCUGAGAAACACAAGUGAGACUUCUAAAUCUAUGUCUCCAAGUAGUGAGACUGGUGUUUCACCAUUUGGAAAAGGACAUCAUGCUACUCACCUCUAUUUCUCUCGCUCAUCUCCAAGAAGUGUGAAGUCUGGAAAUGGAGGUUCUGAACGAACAAAUAUCCCUGAGGUGUCUUCUUGGCUACCUUUUUUUCCUGAUGAAGAGAAUAGCUCCACUUUACUGCCAGAUUUGGAGGGGAGUGAGACAGUCACUAAUAGUUCAAGCUACUCGUUUGGUAAUCAUGAAGAUACAACUGAUGUUGGCUCGGCAAAUGAUAUUCUACUUGUGAACUCAAUUGUUUAUCCCUUGGAAGAUUUGUCACUUGGAUGCAGGGUUAUAGAUACAAAUGGCACUGCUGGAAGCCCUGAAACUAUGGUCUCUUUGGCAGAUCUUAGUGGUGACAUAGAGAGUCACCUCAGGAGUCUCCAAUAUGGUCGUUUGUGCACUAUUAUGCCAUUUCCUCCACCAUCUUCUUUCCACAAUAAGCAUGGUUGGGAACCCCUUCAUCAGUCUCUGCAGUUUAAGAGAAACAUGUUUUGUCAUCCUAAUGCCAAUGGUGCUGUCCCCGGAUCAACUUUCUAUCCUGGGAAUCCUCCCAUGGUGGCUGGUGGUGCUUUUGGUGCUGAAGUGCCUAAACCACGGGGAACUGGCACAUACUUUCCUGUCACGAAUCAUCGUUCGUACAGGGACAGAUCUUCCAUGGGGAGGGGAAAUAAUCCAACUCCAUUGUCCCUUGAUCAGUUGCAGAGACCAGCUCGUAACAAUUACUGGGCUGCAGCUCUGCGUGAGACAAACUUGGUUGAAAAAGGCACUCAAGAGCAGUUGCAAGUACAAAUCCCGGUUUCUCCUGGACAUGGGGAGCCUGGAACACUGGAAUUUAUUCAGUCAGGUCGCCCCACCAUGAAAGGGUUCUCCCAUGCCAAUGGGUUCUCAGUCCCUUUUGAGAAACUUGAAUUUGGGUCUUUUAGGAAUCUGCCAUUGGGUGCGCGCUUGCCAGAUGUGGGCAGGCAGCAGCCAGACCCUGGCUCUCCAAGCACUCAGGGCUCAGUUUCAAGCCUCCGAUCACCCACAGUACAGAGACUGAGACCGUCAUUGAGUAUGAAUCAGGAAAGGGUUGCAGUACAGUCGUACCAUCUGAAAGAUGAUGAUGAUUUCCCCCCUUUGUCCAUUUGAGAGCAGUGGGAAGGAAAUAGUUUUGUGUAGAUAGAAAGGAGGAAAUGACAGAGCAACAGUAAAUGCUAGCUAACAGUGACAAAGCUUGAACUUCUGGGUGGUUGGGUAAAACCUAGCUGAUUCAAACUUCACAAAAGGAGUCUUCCUUUUUAAUUUCUUGUCAGUGGUGAAGAAGGCAUUUGUACAUUCUUCUGGCUCUUUUCUUUGAGCUUCCAUCUUUUUGCUUUCUAUUCAGGAUGUUUACAUGCAUGACUCUGAUUAUGCGCUUCACCAUGUUUUUCUUUUUCUCCUUGCACCCUUGUUGGGUGAUGAUAUACAGGAGCUUGGUUGUUGAUAUUUAGACAGAAUGAAUGUACUUUUGCUGGAAGCUUUUUAAGCUCUUUUGCAGCACCAGAAUGGUGUGUAUCCAGCAUUUCAGGCAACACAAGGUUUACAUUUUCUUUUCUUUUA